AAUGAGCCACGCAGUUGAGCCACACGUGGAGCCCCAAGGUGGACGCACGCGUAUCACAGGAGAGCCACCAGAUUCAAAGUGAGCCACGGUGUAACCACGUGGGGCCCAGUGGAGCCCAGUGGAGUCGCUCCGCGCAUGCCUCGCGGUUUAACGGUGGUGGCUCGCCUCCAACUUUUCACGACCCCGCCCCUGCAGCAGCGACUCGCCCGCCCGAGACGCGGGAGACGACACGGGCAGAGCGAGGAGGCGGACGAGGAGAGAGAGAGAGAGAGAGGGCGAGAGAGACAAAGGCGGUCCAGGGGAGACGCGGGAGAGGCUCGCGGAGGGAGCGAGGACGUCGCGGGAAAUCGCGGAUAACAGGAUUCGCGGCCAUCGAGAAAAGCAAUGCAGAGCUCCCAGCAGUUUGUGCGCCAGGCGCUGGCGUCGCGAUGGCGAUUCCAAUCCCUGCCGCUCAAGCCUCUGACUCCGGUGCCCAGCGACAUCGAGGUCUCCCGUGCCCAGACACCGAAGGCCAUGGACCUCCUGGCGCAGGAGGUGGGGCUGCUGCCGGGCGAGGUGGAGGCCUACGGACGCUGCAAGGCCAAGGUGUCUCUGGCCACUCUGCACCGGCUGCGGAACCAGCCCGACGGCAAAUACGUGGUGGUCACAAGCAUCACCCCGACGCCCCUGGGCGAGGGCAAGAGCACCACCGUGGUGGGGCUGGCUCAGGCGCUCUCCUCGCAGCUGCACCUCAACACCUUCGCCUGCGUGCGCCAGCCGUCGCAGGGACCCACGUUCGGCAUCAAAGGGGGCGCGGCCGGAGGAGGCUACUCCCAGGUCAUCCCCAUGGAGGAGUUCAACCUGCACCUGACGGGCGACAUCCACGCCAUCACGGCGGCCAACAACCUGCUGGCCGCCGCCAUCGACGCGCGCAUCUUCCACGAGAGCACGCAGACGGACAAGGCUCUCUACAACCGCCUCGUUCCGCUGGUCAACGGGGUUCGUCGUUUCGCGCCGAUCCAAAUUCAGCGUCUCAAGAAACUGGGCAUCUGCAAAACGGAGGCCGACUCUCUGACGAGCGAGGAGGUGACCCGGUUCGCUCGCCUGGACAUUGACCCCGACACGGUGACCUGGAAUAGAGUCCUGGACACAAACGACCGGUACCUGCGCCAAGUGACCAUCGGGCAGUCUCCUACCGAGAAAGGACACACAAGAGAGACCCGGUUCGACAUCGCGGUGGCGAGCGAGAUCAUGGCGAUCCUGGCUCUCGCCGGCGGCCUGGGCGACAUGCGCGAGCGUCUGGCCCGCAUGGUGGUGGCGACGAGCCGCAGCGGGGAGCCCGUCACCGCAGAGGACCUGGGGGUGAGCGGGGCCCUCGCGGUGCUCAUGAAGGAGGCCAUCAAACCCAACCUCAUGCAGACGCUGCAGGGAAGCCCGGUGUUCGUCCACGCGGGCCCCUUCGCGAACAUCGCCCACGGCAACUCCUCGGUGCUGGCCGACAAGAUCGCCCUCAAGCUGGUGGGAGAGCAGGGCUUCGUGGUGACGGAGGCCGGUUUCGGAGCCGACAUCGGGCUCGAGAAAUUCUUCAACAUCAAGUGCCGCCUGUCGGGCCUCUGCCCCGACGCCGUGGUGCUGGUGGUCACCGUGCGGGCCCUCAAGAUGCACGGCGGAGGCCCCAAGGUGACUGUUGGUGCCCCGCUGCCUAAGGAGUACACGGAGGAGGGCCUGGAUCUGCUCGAGCGGGGAUGCGCCAACCUCGUCAAGCACCUGCAGAUCGCUCAGCUGUUUGGAGUGCCGGUGGUCGUCGCCAUCAACGAGUUCACCACGGACACGCGGCGCGAGACCGCCCUGCUCGUGUCCGCGGCGCUGCGCGCCGGCGCCGCGGGGGCGCUGCGCUGCGCCGCGUGGCGCGGCGGCGGGGGGGGCGCGGCGGCCCUGGCCCAGGCCGUGGUGGAGGCGGCGACGCGGAGGCCGCGGGGCCGCCCCCGACUGCUUUACGACCUGCAGCUGCCCGUGGAGGAGAAGAUCCGCGUCAUCGCACAGAAGGUGUACGGCGCAGACGACAUCUGCCUCUCGGAGGAGGCUCGCCGGAAGAUCGAGCUCUACACUAAGCAGGGCUUUGCCGAGCUGCCCAUCUGCAUGGCCAAGACGCAUCUGUCGCUGUCUCAUCAGCCCGAGCUGAAGGGCGUCCCCAAGGGGUUCGUGCUGCCCAUUCGUGACGUGCGUGCCAGCGUUGGGGCCGGCUUCCUCUACCCGCUCGUCGGCACCAUGAGCACCAUGCCUGGGCUGCCGGUGAGGCCAUGCUUCUACGACAUCGACCUCGACCCGGACACGGAGGAGAUCCACGGCAUUUUCUAACCACACCCGUUAUGGCCGACGGCACCACGUGACACCACGUGACUCCACGUGACACCACGUGACUCCACGUGAUGCCACGUGACACCACGUGACGCCCCGCGUGACACCGUGUGACACCACGUGACACCACGUGACGCCCCGCAUGACAUCACGUGACGCCCCGCAUGACAUCACGUGACACCACGUGACACCCCGCAUGACAUCACGUGACGCCCCACAUGACACCACGUGACACCACGUGACGCCCUGCAUGACACCACGUGACGCCCCGCAUGACAUCACGUGACACCACGUGACACCCCGCGUACGACCCGUGGGACCGUCGCCGGCGGUUCCGUUCGGCGUCACCAGAAUCGAUUCGGCGUCACCAGAAUCGAUUCGGUUUUCGCGUCGUUUAAAUUUGUCUGCCCAGUUUGUUUUGCCCGACUCGUUUUUAAAUGUCCCGUUUGUAGUUUGAAUUUGCACCGUCUCAUUUGUAUUGUCCGGCCGGUUUGUUUCCAAUCUAGAUUGGAAACUCAUUUCUUCAGAGCUGCCUUUUGUGUUUAGUUUGUUGUCCUCCUGCACCUCCGAUUAGCGCGGUUGGCUAUGUACGGCGCAAAAGAAGUUCAACGUAAAUACGUCGAUGCGCAUUGACCGACUCGUUUUUAAUAUCCCCUUGGCAUUGUCUUGCAAUUUGUGUCGCCUCAUUGGCGUGUUGACCGUCUCAUUGCCUCUACCUCGUUAGCACCGUCUCAUCCGCGUUGUCUCCAGUUCCCCGUCUCGUGUGCACCGUGUAUCUCCUGCCAGGUCUACAUUGUGCCCCUUGCGCGCUGCGUUCUUCUGCCGGCAAAAGGCUCCCCCUCCGCCCCCCCCCCCACGUUUACCAGCGGGGGGGGGGGGGGGGGGGCCCGCACAGCGUCGCCGUCAACGCCGACAGAGUCCGGCAACAGCGCGUCGGCCCCCCCCCACCCACCCGGGCCAGGCCCGGUUGGCACCGCGCGCACGGAAAUCGUUGCCCCCCCCCCCAUCAGUGGUCCAAACGCGACUCACCCCGCUCCCUUGAGUUCUCACCACCUGGUGAACAAAACAAACUCGCAACACGUCGUCGCCCUCGCUCGCUCGCUCGACCUCGCUCGCUCAACCGCUCGCUCAACCGCUCGCUCGCUCGACCUCGCUCGCUCGACCGCUCGCUCAACCGCUCGCUCGCCCCUCGCUCGCUCGCUCGACCUCGCUCGGCCAGACUCCGCGUUCCCCACGCACGGCCGCUCUGACCCGGACCCCACCCCCCACCCGUGCCGCUCUCACUUUCAUCCCUGGAUCAUUCACAAGACCGUCGAAACAAACACGGCCACGCUGUUACUUGUCUUGUUCAUGCACCACGGCACGGCCGGGGCACAUUCACUCUGCGUUGUGUCGAGUGUUGUGUCGAGUGUUGCAUUGUGUCGAGUGUUGUGUCGUGUCGAGUGUUGUGUCGUGUAGAAUGUUGUGUUGUGUAGAGUGUUGUG